UACAUACAGGUCACGGAUUGACGAUAUCGUGGAUAUUCUGUGGAUGUUGCCUCGCUUGCAGCACCUACGAAUCUGGUGCAACUCCAUGAGCCACAUGGACGCUGGAAUUAGCCCAGUCAGUAUCCAGCGUGCUAUGCCAGCUGCUGUGCAUAGAAACAAUUUACCAGCCAUUGCCCCCAAGGCAGUGGCUGUUGUCUCGGCUAGCACUGCUAGGAUAAACACGCCUUCGACCAGCAAUACCCACGUCAAUAUACCGUCUAACAGCAACAUCAGCGACACUGGCGUUUCCACCGCUGAAGAGAAGACGCACUGACAGCAACACAGGCCUACCUAUGCUAUAUCUCCAUCCUGUGAACUACUCAAGUUCGAGAUAUUGUCGGAAGCGUUUUUUGACAGGCCAGCCGUACGCAGCUUUGUCGAACAUGUGCCAACAUUAGUCUCAGUUACGGUAAACGAUGCGCACCAUGAAGAACUUGCAAGGCACUUUGCUGGCAGUGGGAGAAGGAUUGAGG